AUGAGCCUCAGCUGGCCGCCGCACGACCCGGCCGCCGCGGCCGCCGCGGCCGCGGCCGCGGCGUGGCCGUGGCACGCGGCGCAGAGCCUCGCGCCCCCGCCAGCGGUCUCGAGCCCGCCGGCCGUGCCGUGCGCCGCAACCACGGCGCUGCUGGCGCAAUACGGCCUCCAGGCCCCCCUGGCGUCGCACGCUUGCCCCGGCGCGGCCGCGGGCGCGCUCGCGGCCGCGGCCGUCGCCGAGCGCGUGCGGCGCGACUCCCUGAUGUGGCCGCUCGACCUAGAACCCGGCCCCGCGGCUUCCGCCGCCGCCGCGCCGCACCUGCCGCCCCCCCUCGACCUCGCCUCCGCCGCCGUCGGCCGCAGCGGCAGCUGCACCAGCGCGCAGAGCGUGUGCAGCGCCGCGGGCUCUGUGAUCGGCUCGCUCGCGACGAGCGGCAGCGGCGCGCUGCGCGCGCGCAGCAGCAGCAGUGACUGCAGCCCGUCCCUCGGCUCUUCGUCGACGGCCGCGUGCGGCGGCGCGUUCUGCUCCCCCGUCUCCUGCUCCGUCGGCGGCGGCGGCGGCGGCGCCGCGGGGGGCGGCGGCACGCCGUCGCCGCGCGGCAGGCUGCAGCAGCAGCUGGCGCAGCUGCAGCGGGAGCAGGAGCAGCAGGCCAUCAAGCUGCACAUGCUGCAGCUGCAGUGCCAGGGCGGCUUCAUGGCGGCGCCCGCGCCGCCGGCGCUGUCCAGCGCCGGGCUGAUGGGCGGCUUCUGA